GAUUAAUUGGUAGUACUCAUUCAGUAUUGAGUAUAACAUCUCCCGGUCAUUAAAAGGCGCAAAAAUGUUCAAAAUAUUUGUGGUGCUCUGUUCGGUCCUUGUUGCCAAUGUUUAUGGCCAUGGAAUGAUGCUAAAUCCCGUCGGACGCCAAUCCCGCUGGCGUUACGAUAGCUCUGCUCCUCCAAACUACACCGAUAAUGAAUUAUACUGUGGUGGCAUAACUGCGCUCUGGCAAACAUAUGGUGGAAAAUGUGGUCUCUGUGGGGACAGCUAUGGCGUACCAACCCCCCGCCCACAUGAACUAGGAGGAACCUACGGAGCUGGUGUCGUUGUUGGGAAAUACUCUCCAGGACAAAAUAUUCCAGUUUCUGUUAAAUUAUCUGCCAACCACAAGGGAUAUUUCAAAUUUGAUCUUUGCAACUUGGACGUUUUUGGAAAGGAAUCUGAAGAAUGUUUCGCUGCCAAUGCAAUUAGGAUUUCCAAUGGAAGCGAUCGUUACGACUUGCCAUCUUUUGAUCCACAAACUUUCGAACUCCAAAUUCAAGCUCCAAGCAAUCUAAAAUGUCAACAUUGUGUUCUCCGUUGGACUUACGUAGCAGCUAACAACUGGGGAACUUGUUCGGAUGGAAGCAAUGGACCCGGUUGUGGACCACAAGAAACAUUCAAAAACUGUGCUGAUAUCACCAUUUUGUAAAUAUUAUGCUCAAUAAAUUGAUUGGUCAGAUCAAAAA